AUGCCUAAUCUCCAAAUACUGUACCUAGCUGGAAAUGAAUUCUUUGGACAAAUCCCAGCUUCACUUUCCAAUGCUUCUCAGCUUCAAGCGCUUGAUUUUGGAGAAAAUAAUUUUGUUGGCCAACUUCCCGUAUGUUUUGGAAAUUUUCCAAAUCUCCAGAGGCUCAGAUUAACUAAGAAUAAUCUAGGAAGUAAUUCAUCAAAUGAUUUGGGAUUUAUAAAAUUCUUGACAAAUUGCAGCAAUCUGGAGACUAUUUCUUUGAGUGUUAACAACUUUGGAGGUGUUUUACCCGAUUCUGUAGCCAAUCUCUCAACCCAACUGACUCAACUCUACCUUGGGGGCAAUCAAAUAGCGCGAACAAUUCCUGAAACAUUAGGAAAUCUGAACAAUUUAAUAUCCCUGGGCUUGGGAGAAAACUUGUUCACAGGUACCAUUCCAGCUUCUAUUGGGAAGUUACAAAAGCUGCAAAUGUUACAUUUAUAUUCCAAUAGAUUAUCAGGCCGGAUCCCAUCUUCCUUAGGGAACCUCACCCAAUUGUUUCAACUCGGUAUGUUUGAAAAUGAAUUAGAAGGAAGCAUUCCUCCAAAUAUUGGUGACUGCAAAAAUCUGCAAAUGAUGGAUAUAUCACACAAUAAGCUUAGUGGAGAUAUACCAUCACAGGUCAUUGGUCUGUCCUCCUUCUCUCUCUUGCUCAACUUAUCGCAAAACUCGCUUACUGGCAUUCUGCCUGUGGAAGUGGGUAAGCUGAAGAAUAUCAAUAUACUGGACAUCUUUGAUAAUUAUUUAACCGGAGGGAUUCCAAAAAUUAUUGGAGGCUGUCUGAGCCUUGGAUUUCUUUACCUACAAGGGAACCACUUUCAAGGAAUCAUACCUUCUUCUUUGUUAGCUUUGAGAGGUCUUCAGUAUCUAGAUCUUUCACGAAACAACUUGUCAGGACAUAUUCCAAAAGACCUACAGAGGCUUCCAUUCUUGAAAUAUUUGAACCUUUCGUCCAAUAAUCUGGAGGGUGAGGCACCAAAAGGAGGAGUUUUUCAAAAUACAAGUGCAAUAUCAUUGAAUGGAAAUAGCAAACUUUGUGGUGGUGUUUCGGAAUUGCAGCUACCAGCAUGCCCCGUCAAAGUCCCAAAGCAGAGAAAGUUGCACGACUUCAAACUAAAGUUCACAAUUUCUUUAGUUGCUAGAUGCUCUCUUCUGUUUGCAGUGAUCAUAGCUCUUUAUUGGAGGAGAAAAACUCAAAAGACUAAACCGCUAUCUCCAGUGUCAUCAAUCAAAUUCCUUCCAAAGGUUUCAUACCAGACACUUCAUCAACCUACUAGCGGAUUCUCUCUGAGUAAUCAAAUUGGAUCAGGAGGUUUUGGUUCUGUAUACAAAGGGAUUAUUGAUCAAGAAGAAAACAAUGUUGUUGCCAUAAAGGUCCUCAACCUUCAAGAGAAAGGAGCUUCCAAGAGUUUCGUGGCAGAAUGCAAUGCACUGAGAAAUAUUCGGCACAGGAACCUUGUGAAGAUCUUAACAUGUUGCUCCAGCACAGAUUACAAUGGUAAUGACUUCAAAGCUCUAGUUUUUGAGAAUAUGUCAAAUGGAAGUCUGGAGGAGUGGCUGCAUAAAGAAAACCAAUCAAGGAGUUUGAACCUUCUUCAAAGACUGAAUAUUGCUGUUGAUGUGGCUUCUGCAUUGUGUUAUCUUCAUGACCAUUGUGAACCACAAAUCAUUCACUGCGACAUUAAGCCGAGCAACGUUCUUCUUGAUGAUGAAAUGGUUGCUCGUGUUGGAGAUUUUGGGUUAGCAAGACUCAUCUCAACGACAAUGGACUCCUCUCAAAUUCAAAGUAGCACAGUUGGGUUAAAGGGAACAAUUGGCUAUGCUGCUCCAGGAAGAAGACCGAUCGACGAAAUGUUUAAAGAGGAUUUGAACCUCCAUAACUUUGUCAAGAUGACCAUACCAAAAAGAGUGAUGGAGAUUGUAGAUUAUACUCUUCUUGCCACUUUAAAAGAUAGAGCACCUGCAACAUCACAAAAUGUAGUGAACUACAUCAGUGGUUACAAUAAUGAAAUCGAAGCAGUUGAAGAAAACAUUGACAAUGAGAAUUUAAGCAAGAUGAACACUUAUGUGUGGAAGUGCAUACUUCCAACCCUUAAGAUUGGACUUGCAUGCUCGGAAGAAUCACCAAGGAAUAGAAUGUCUAUGGAGGAGGUCCACAUGAAGCUACACCAUAUAAAAGAUGCUUGCACUGGUGUUGACAUCUGUCAAGAAAGGCCAGGAAGAAGCUGA